CCAUUCCCUCCCACCUGUCUGCCAAAUGCUCUUCCACACGUCAUCUGAUCCCAACCUUGCCCGCCAAAUCCAACGGCUGAACAUUAAUAAUAGACAGGUGUCGCACAUCGACCACAGUUGCAAACAAGCUCGUUAACGGGCCCUUUAUAUUUGGUUUUAAGUAGGACCCAUCACGCCCGCACUCUCCGCGUCCAUUGUGAUAAAGUGAACCAUCUCUUCUCUUCUCGGACCCUCUCGCGGAGGUUGUUAUCACCGAAUCCGGCUUCCGAUAUCUUCUUCUUCUUCGAAGCAAGCAAGCAACCAACCCUAGAAAAAAACCCUAACCCUAACCCUAACCUUAAUCCAUGGAGACCAACUACUCCUUCUCCUCCUUCCCUGAUUCGGUUGACUCCUCCCCGCGAUCCCGCGAGAUCGACAACGACAACACCGCUUCCUGGGAUGACACCGUGCCAAACUCCGCCGCCGCAUCGCAGCGGGUGAAGCUCAUGGUCAGCUUUGGCGGCCGCAUUCAGCCUCGCCCCCACGAUAACCAGCUUUCCUACGUUGGCGGUGACACCAAGAUCCUCGUUGUUGAUCGAUCUUCCCGCCUUCCAGCUGUCCUUGCCCGCCUUUCUUCCAUCUCCGGUGCUGAUGAUCUAUGCCUCAAGUACCAGCUCCCCGGCGAGGAUCUCGAUGCGCUCGUCUCCGUCACCAACGAUGAGGACCUCGAGCACAUGAUGCUCGAGUAUGAUCGUCUCUGUCGCUCCGUGGUUCCCGGCUCCAAGGCCGCUCCCAGACUCCGCCUCUUCGUCUUCCCAGUCGUCUCCCCUCAUCCACCGCCAGCCCCGGCCGAUUCCAAGUCCAAUCGCCAAUGGUUCGUCGACGCUCUCAACAACGUCGCGGCCCCACCCCCGCCUCCGGUCACUGCCCUAACUCCGCCUACGGAGGGCCCCGACUACCUCUUCGGUCUUGAGAAGGGAUUAACGCCUGCCCCUGCCGUCAAGACUCAGGAUCCAUCUCCAGUCUUCGUGACGCCGGAACCACUCCCCGUCGAAGCCCCUCUCUCCCGAUCCGAUCUCCCCAAGGAUGAUCGUCCUAUCGCGGUUGAAUCCGGGCUGAAUAUCCAGCACCAGAUCCAGGCACUACAGAAGCUCCAGAUCGCCGAGAAUCAGGACCAGGCCCAGUUCCAGCGCAUGCCGAGCGACGAAACCCUAACUAGGGUUUACCCCGCGGAUUACUACCUCCCACCAAGAGUCCAAGAAAAGGCUCCACCUGUUACCGCCCAGAUCCCGGCCACCGCCCAGAUUCCGGUCACCGCGGCCACGUACUGGCCGGACCAGCGCAACUUGGCGGCGGGAGGGAGGUACACCUCUGUUGCCACUGGUGACCGCCCCAUGUAUUUCAUCCCCGCGGCCGCAGGCAUGUUUCCGCCGCACGGCGCCGCGAUCCAACCCCAGGCUGGGCAGGGAUACUACGCGGCGGCCAUGCCAAAGGUGGUUGUUUCAGCGCCGGAUGUUUACCGUGAAACUUCUCAGAUGUACGCAGGGACCGCUCCGUACGCCGACGGUGCCGGCGGCGUGGUGAGGACGCAAGGCGUGGAAACUGCGUUCCCUGCUCCUGGCCAGGUGGCGUACGAUAGCACGGGGCGAGCGGUUUAUUUCGCUGGCGCGGUCCCCUCUUAUCCGACGGCCACGAUCAACUCUGAAGGGAAGAUCGUGAAGCCAUCUCAAGUGUCCUGAUCCCGAGACCUUCUCCGAAGCUUCUUCUUUUUUUUUUAAAAAAAAAAAAUUUCUAAUGUUUUGUUCACAUGCCAAUCUUUUCCAAUCUCCGUGUUGUUGGCUUCUAUCCUGCUUUCUUGUUCUUGAUGUGCCUUUUGACAAAUAUUACUGUUUGUUGAUGUAAAUAGAAAUAUGAAUGCUUGGUUUACUCA